AGGGGUCUAUACAUACCUAUCUUUGAAAAGGAAGGUUGAUCCAGUCAAGGCGCAUUUGAAACCGGAAGCUAUUGAAGAUGCACUGGGGAGCGUUGUUUGUUUGUUUUAAAUGGCAGAUGAUGAAUGGCAUUUUUUAAUUUUAAACUGAGAUAUAUACAGCACCUAUAUGCAGCACGUAGAUACAGCACUAAAACUUACUGAUACUAAUGGUUUUUCGUAAUGGGGGCGAUUAAAGCACCUUUGUUUAAAGAGUUGUUCAGGUAAGUCACCGAAACUCCGUCCCGUCCCACUGCCCCUCCUACAAAGGCUCGCGGCUGUGAACUUUGUCAAACUGGUGUGUCUCGUCCCCGAUGAGUUAAGAUGUCGCUGUGAAUGUGAACACAGCCAUCAUUUACAGCAGCAAGGCAGCAAAUCUAUGUAGAAAUCUGAAAGUAUUUUUCUGUUAAAGUUUCCUUCUACGGCGCACAAAAGAGUGUCAAGGUACAAUGCUGGGGUUUUCAGUGAUAUGUUUCAGUUUGAUAUCCCUGCUGCAUCUCGUUUGGGGCAGAGUGAUCUACAAUAGAAAUGAUGUGUUCCUAGAGGAGAAGUCAGCAGGUUCGUUUCUCUCACGUAAACUGUUGUAUAACAGUUGGGAUUUUGAGUUAGUGGUGCCUGACAAUCUACAGAGAGAAUGCAUGGAGGAAAUAUGUUCAUAUGAAGAGGCCAGAGAGGUGUUUGAAGAUGACAUACAAACGGCCAAGUUUUGGGAAGACUAUGUCAGCAGUCAUGAGUCUUCACCCCCAGUGGAUGUGUCUGGUUUGGUAGCUGGCAUUGUGGCUAUUGUAGUAACAGCGAUUAUAGCCACUGUGUUGGGCAUUUACUGCUACAAGAACAGAGGCAAAAAUUCAAGAGGGGGCAGUGUUCCUGUACGUAUGGGUGUGGAUGGGCAGCCACAUCCUGAGUCUGUGCCCUUGUCUAACAGGGCUCCAGGUCUCCCCUCGUACAAUGAGGCUCUGGCCCACAGCGGCCAGCACGAUGCACCUCCACCGCCGUACUCUGGGGGAAAUUCAACUGAGCCACCUCAAACUCAAGAAGAGGAAUGACAAAGACAUGAUGAUGAUGUUGUUGUUGUUGUUUUUAGGGGGGGGGGGGGGUACAGCUUUUACUGGGUUUUAAAGUGCAGCUUCAGUGCUUCAGUCAGUAGAUAAUUUAUUAUACUUAUGCUACAUGUUCAGCAGGUAACCCGAUUUUAUUCUUUGGAAUUGUUUUGCUACUAUCAUCAUGGAACACAGUUUCAGUGAAUGCUGUCAAUAUUUUCAUGAAUCAGAUUUGUUCAUUUUUUUUAAGAGUUUUAUCAAAUGAAAUGUAAUUUUCAUUAUUAAUAAAAGAAAUAAAAUGUAGCCAAACUUGAAUAUGAUUGCUA